AAAGGGGGAUUUUUCGUUUAAAUCAAGGUCAAGUUAACCUUUACUGUAAACUAUUUCUCCAUUGUCGGCUUUAAGAGAGGUUGGAAAACGUGACCGAGAUCCAACGAGUUUGUAUGAGUAACUUAUACUGUCGCAUUCGGUACAGGAGGUAAUUUAACCUCUGACCAGGUUGUCCAAAGACGGCAUGUAGCAAUAGAACAAGGCGCUGGACAUUUUACGUUUGUGAAGUAUUUCGACAAAUUAAGACACAUUCUUUAGACUGUCUAGAAUGGGUUUCUGGAAAAUAUGCGGUCUUAUUCCAAUUCUGCUUUUGUAUGAUGGGCAUGCAAAGUGCAUCAUCACUAGAUCAUCGGACAUAUGCGGUUUGACUGGUGACGUGUACAAUUGUCAAUAUCAGCAAUUGAAAUCUGUACCAAGAGACAUUGUUUCAAAUAUCACAGCCAUUGAUCUUUCUCACAACGAUAUACUGAAUCUGAAGGAUGGCGACUUCAACGGAAUGCAUAAUCUGAAAGCCAUAUAUCUUAAUCGGAACAGGAUAAAUCACAUCAAAAAGAACGUAUUUCAACAUCUGCCUAAUUUGUGCAUCCUAGAUCUAAGCUCAAACCAACUUCGCAAAGGAUCCAUAGAAAAGGGAACGUUUCAAGAUUUGAAUUCUCUUCAGGAACUCAGAAUUAAUCGUAACCCAUUUCAAAGUGGAGGAUUUCUUGACGAAGAAAUAGAACAGCUUCCAUCACUGAGGAACUUAUCAAUGAGCGUUACUACAGAUACCUUGUAUUUUUCUUCAAAAUUUCGAACAUUAAAAAAUCUUAAAAAGUUGGAAAUUGAUUCUUAUGUCGAUUUUCAGUUAAAUAAUAAAUCCUUCGAAAAUCUCGUUGAAAUCAAUAUAGAAUAUGUACAUUUCAUCUUUAGUUACUCUUGUUCAUGCAAAAAUAUCGACGAAGAUUUGUUUUGGGCAUUUCCUAACUUAAAAGGCCUGCGCCUUCAAACGUUGUGUGGCAUGCGAUACGCACUGAAGUCCCUGAUGCGAUUCCAGUUUAAGAAAUUGAACUAUGUAAACUUUUCUCGUUCAUUCCCAUACUAUGGAGACAUGAUUGGUAUGAAUGAAAAUGAUGUGAAGUACCUGAGAAACGUCUGUGUUAAAACUGUUAGUUUGAAGAACACAAAUAGUAUUAACAUACCUACAAUGAAAUCCUCCAUAUUUAUGAAAUGCAUUGAACAUAUAGACUUGUCAUUCAAUACGCUUAAAAAUUCCAAUUUUGUAGGUGCAAUUUUAGAAGCAGUGAGAGUCAAAGUUAUAAAUUUCAGUCACCAGAGUUACUGUGGUUCAUAUUCAUCUCCCAGUGAAAACAGCAAACUAACGAUACAGCAAAUUCCAUUCAAUCUCACACUAUCUACUUCAUUGGAAGAUUUAGACUUCUCCAAUACGCACAUUGAUCCCGGCACAAGGAAGUUAAAAAUUCAAGUGUACGGAAUUAACCUGAAAUGCCUCAAUUUAGGACAUACAAGUUUUCCCCUUUGUAGGAUGGACAACUUGAAACUUGUAUUACCUCGACUGUGGUUUUUUGAUCUCUCUGGUGUACAAUGUAAAGAUUUAAAUGUAGCAUUUCUGAAAGAUUUGCGUUCUUUGUCGGAACUCUACCUGAGUGAUGUAAAUCUUGAUUCCGGUCUAACACGAGAUGUGAAGGCUGAGUUUCUUAAUGGCCUUACCAGACUGAAAGUGAUCGAUUUCUCAAAGAACGCCUUAAAAGAUUUACAUCCGAACCUUUUUCAAAGUCAGUCAUUCUCUUUGGAAACGUUAUUACUAAAUGGCAAUCUAUUCACUACAGUUCCAAAUGCUCUUCGUGUUGUUACAUCAUUACGAAUUCUUCUACUGAAAUUCAAUAAAAUAUCAUCCUUUUCGACCGAUUCUAUCAUUACCUUAAAUCAUUUAAAAAGCGUUCAGAUAGAUGUUAGAGGUAACCCCUUUGAUUGUUUCUGUAAUGCUAUUGAUUCGUUGCGCUGGAUGUCUGAUCAUCGAGAACUAUUUCUCCAUUUGAACGAGACCUACUGUAUUGAGGAACCAACCAAAUCGUUGUUUUCUGUCAUUAAUGAUAUGCGUUCCCUAGAACUACGAUGCAUUUCAAGGCAGUGGAUGCAAAUAUCGAUUUCUGCUCUGUCGUUCACAUUUCUGUUUCUUGUAACAUUUACAAUUUUAUACCGCUACAGAAUCUUCCUGCGUUAUGGAAUGUUGAGAAUCCGAUUAUUUUGGAGGAAAAGCUUUUCGAUAAUCACUACAUCCGACAUACCUGUGUAUGACGCAUAUAUUUCGUAUUCAUCCAGUGAUUUUCUUUGGGUGUGCUCAAAACUUUACCCAGCAUUAACUGGACAAAAUCUUCGAAUCACACUGCAAGAUAAAGAUUUUAACCCAGGUAGUCCCUAUGCAGAAGAAGUAGUUAAAUUUGUUAGCAUGAGCAAAUAUGUGAUAUUCGUAAUAACACGGGGUUUUAUCAAAUCUGAAUGGGGAUCCUAUGAAAUUCAGAUCGCAAAAAUACAUGCAAUUCACACUAAGGCGAAACUUGUUCUGAUCAUUAAGGAUGGAAUCCAAAUUGAAGACCUUCCAAAAGACAUCUUGUUUAUUUGGUGGAAAAUCACACCAUUGGUGUUUAAUGAAAAUGGAACCGAAGAGAAACAAGCAAAAAUUUUCAAACGGUUAUUCACUAUUAUUAAGAAUUAAUCAAAUGGAAUAACACAUACUUCCGUGUUCUUUGUGGUGUACUGUACUUAUCAUACAAGAACCCGUUUUAUUUGUGGAUAUAGAAUACACUCAUUUUAACGCAAUACGUUUCAGGACAAAUACGAGAAACAAAAUAUUGAUUGCAUUAAAAAAUACAUGUAUGAAAGCUGCACGACAAUUUUUAUUUUUAGUUUGUAUUAUUCAAUGUUUUUGCGUUUUAUAUCUUUACAAAUUGUGUGUAUAGUCAUAUUCCCAGCGAUGCAGUUAUUGACAUUGCAUGAAAGAAUCUUGACAAAUAGAGUAUGUCUAUUGUAACGUCUUGUGAUUCCAACAAAAAUGACAAUUCUGUAUUUUGUGAUACUAAUAUGCAUAAAUAAUGACUUACAAAUUGCUUUGUUUUUACAAAAAAAAAACGCAUUUAGGAAUUCAAUAGAUAGUGCCAAAAUGAAAUGGUAACUCAUUCAUGGCCAAGUAUUGUAUAUUAGGUGUCGGUUUUCGCGCCUGUUGUACAUUUUUAUUUCUACUUAAAGACCAAAAAAACCACCGUACGGUUGCUUCACGGAUGACUGAAUGUGGGCGGAGCUUAUCCAUGGUCAAUGUUAUUUACCUGGAAUUUUUCUGGCUAAGAGAUCGGUUGUUGUGUAUAUUUUUAUGAUAUACACAGGAAAUUUCUCAGGUUAUUACAAAUUAUGCUUAGUGUCUUGAUUUGUGCAACAAAAAAAAUAAUUAAAAUUUCUACCUACAUGCAUACCACAUUUCUAUUUCCCGUAAACCUUCAAACUUGGUCAUAUUUAUGUAUUGCAAAUGACAGGUUUAGCCCAUUUCUAAACAUUUGCUUUUUAAAACUUCGAAUUAAAUUGUUAUAUAUCGUAUAUAGAUAAUUUCCGAAAUAUAAUAUUACCCGGCGUUUCCAGGCACUUCCUGGUGUCCCGGGAGUUCGCGGUGUCGUGGGUGUAGUAGGUAAAAUAUCCAUGUUUCGAGAGAAUGAAUAAAUCCAAGUAGAUCUGUGUACAUGUACAACCAAAUGAAGAAUGGUCAAGAUACCCCUCCAUAUGGGCCGUCUGUAGGGUUUCUGUAGCUGUAGUGUUUGCGUAAUGGUGGUAUCCCAAGCAGAAGCUGACACGAAGUAUCCCCCUUCGUCUCUCUCUCUCUCUCUCUGUCUCUCUCUCUCUCUCUCUCUCUCUCUCUCUCUCUCUCUCUCUCUCUCUCUAGGGUUUCUGUGGACGUAGUGUUUGUGUAACGAUGGCAUCCCAAACAGAAGAUGACACGAAGUCUACACCCCCUCCUCUCUCUCUCUCUUUAGGGUUUCUGUGGACGUAGUGUUUGUGUAACGAUGGUAUCCCAAACAGAAGCUGACACAUAGCUAGUCUACCCCCCUUUCUCUCUCUCUCCCUUACUCUCAAUCAUUGACUGAAUGAGUAAUUAUUGUCCUAUGUAUGCAACACUAUUGCCAUGCCAUAUUAUUUCAUCUAUAUUAUUGCUACAUCUCUCUCUCCCUCUUUAUAAACAUAAAACCGUGAUAAAUUAUAAAUAGCUCAAUAACUCUCUCUCUCUCUCUCUCUCUCUCUCUCUCUCUCUCUCUCUCUCUAUAAAGCCGUGAUAAAUUAUAAAUAGAAAUAUCUCAAUAACUUAUUUAUGCUUUUUUUACUGUUGUUUGAUUUCUGAUUGUGUAAUUUAUAAUCCAUGUGGUAUCUCAAACAGAAGCAUUUUUAAAACUACUGUAACAGUUUUACUCAUGGGCAAUAUAACCAUUAUACAUGUUGAUGUGCUGCGCCAAUAAAGAAUUGUUCAUGUUUUUAUAAAUAUAAAGCCACAAUAAAUCAUUAAUAGAAAAU